GUAAGGACUUAGCUAGAAAACUAAAACAAUGGCGGAUGGCUAAUUGCGCGCCGCUUCGACGGUGUGGCCAGUCCGUCAGUCUAAGUGGUGACUGUCGCGGCUGCUGCCUCUAUUUGUUGCCGCUUCGUGUUCUGGGCUUCGGUUCAAAUGAAACGUCGACCACCCACAAAAAACAGAACAUAGGGGGGAGCCGUCUGUCACGCAGUCGGGUCAAUAUGCACUAUAACUAGUGGCUCUCUGCCUCUUCUUCUCUUUCUAUGUUCCGCUGAUGGUGUGGCUAAGUAAUGCUCAGCGAUGCUGUUUGAGUUUUACGAUUUAUUGAAUUUAGGCCAAGCCUUAAUGCGGUAGGCUCUUCUAGCUUCGUAGUAGCGUAUGCUUUUGCUUGUUUGACGCGGAUCCGAGUUCGACUUGCGGCAGUGCAGCCCGCAGGCUAACUCUACCAAACAGCGGCAGACACCUAACUAAUUCCUCCCCGAAAAAAAAAAAAAGCUGGACUGAGGACCAGGGCGACAUACAGGGAGACCC